ACUUAAGGAUUGAUAUUUUGAGAAGUUUGUCACUAUAUAUCAGCUGAUGAGCAAUCGCGUUACAUAUUAUAUAAUUCAAGAUGGCGUCUAAAAUUAUCUUCGUAAUAGCUGUAAUAUUUGCUUUAAUAUGCACCAUCACCGCCUUUGAUGGUGGUUUUGAAAGAGGAGGAAAUGAUGGUAGAUUUGGUGGACAAGGUGGUUUUGGAAGCGGCGGAGGAUUUGGCGGAAGGCAAGGUGGCUCCGGAGGAUUUGGAAAUAACUUUGGAGGCGGUGGAUUUGGACAAAACAAUGGACGUGGUGGUGGUGGAUUUGGACAAAACAAUGGACGUGGUGGUGGUGGUGGUGGAUUUGGACAAAACAAUGGACGUGGUGGCGGUGGACCAGGUGGAUUCGGUGGGGGUAACGGGCAAGGUGGAUUUGGUCGUAGAUUUUAA